UUGCAGUGCUGAGCUGGAUGAUGUAUUAUGAUGGAGUGUUCAAAGAUCAAUACAUGAUUUCAAAGUAUUUCUGAAAACCUUGUUUAAUUACUUUAAAUGAAUGAGACUGUGGCUGGGACAAGGUGGCCGACUGUUUCACAAACUCAUCCACUUGUUUCACCAUGUGCCAUUAUGACAAACUUUUAGCUUCUGCUAUUUUGUUCUGUAAAUCACUCUCCCGCUGUGCUACAAGACAGAUCUCAUGCAGAUUUCCCAAUCCAAUAUCCACCUUGUCCACAGUGCACUGUCGAGGCUGACAGUCUUCUAGGUGAUGGUCUUGCUUGCUUACAGUAAUUACACUCAGGCCAUGUAUCAGAAUUAAUGUGGUGUGCCUUAAUGAGUUAUUGAUGUCAAAAAGCCACAUGCUACAGCACCUUCAGUGGUUUCAUGACACUGAUACAUCAUAUGUUGAACAACGGAAACAUGCACAUCUUAAAAACGAAUGCGGUUGAAUGGUGUUUUACUGUAAUUAUUUGGAGUCAUAGUAAAUACAACGGAGUGGAGGAACAUGUGAGUGUAAAUCACUGUCAGCAACAAGAAGAAGUCAUCAGCAGCCAGCCGUGAAGUGAACCUUCGCCUAUAAAUACCCUGUAGAACCGAAUGUGUGUGGAGCUGCCUCAGUCACAGAUUGGGUUCUAGGGGAGUCUAUGGGCGAUGACUAACCAUCUAUCAUAAUCCAAGGGAAGAGAAUGAAAACUGAUGACUGUUAACAAUGCUUUUGUUUGCCAAAGGAACGUAUCCUUCUUCAGGCCAGCUCUCCUUAACAAUUCACACUUUCCUAAAGGCUACCUUUGGCAGUUGUCUGUGGUUAAGCACCAAGCAGCUCGAAUGAGGUGAUGGGGAAGUUAGGUUGUCAUGUCAUCCUUUGCUGUUUGCAUCCAAACUGAUCACCAAUUGAGCAGGACAGUUUGCACAUGCUGAGUUACACAGUGUACGAUGUGAUCACGCUACAGGAUCCAAUUCCCCCGGCAGCAUUAAGGUCUGCGUUGAGUCUUGAUUAAGAAAUCAAAACGGCAAUUUGGUUGCAGCACAAAGCUUAAACACAGAAAAAAAGUUAUCACAACAACAGCAUCACAAUACCUUGAUCUGCGUACUGGUGUGCAUGUAACCUAAUAAAGAUUUCACUCAAAACUAGUUACAUGGCUUGCUGCCCCGAUGAAAUCACUUCUGCAGCACACUCUAUUCAUAAAGGACUGUAGCUAAUGUGGCUGUAAUAUUUUAAAGUAUUUGUUCACAGUAAUUCAUAUAAAUAUGUUGGUUUAUCUUGCCUUAAUGUUGCUGAAUGUCUGAAAUUAAAAGCUUUAAAUAAUGUAUAAGUGGCUGAAAAUCUUCCUGUGAAAUGAAAAAGUUGCAAAUGCAAGUGUACACUAACACUUCCCAUCACAAAAUAUGGUGUAAGUGCUUCGCUCAAUGACAUCUCAGUGGAAGAGGUUGAGGCAAGGGACCCAUUCACCACGCAGAUUUUGUUUUCGUGUUAAAAGGAACAAUGAAACUAAGAGGAAAAAUUGUUCAAACUGACAAAAAAAAGUGAGGUUUAGCCCCUUUAUUACCUAUCUGGUAGCUUAUCAGUCAUUCAUUAUGAGCUGUUCUGAACAAGUGGCUCAUUAGAUCAGAUAGAUUAAGCCCAUAUAAUCUUUAGUUCACUUGUACUCUGUCAACCAUGCCAAAAUUUUCAAACCCAUUACACCCUUCACAUGAGCUCCUUUAAUGCCCCAGCCAAGGAAAAACAUUUUCUCCCUCUUGUCUUUAUUGGAGUAUUAUUACAGGCUAUAUUAGGCAGAGGUAAUAGUAGGAUUAACAGUGCUUAUUAAGAGGUUUUGGCUGAGCAUCAGACCUUUAACAUCCUUAGAGAGCAGCUGCAGCCAAAGAAGACAUCCUCAUGAAAUCCUGAAGGAUAUAACACUGAUUUAUGGUCUACUCCUCCGUGCAAAGAUGAUUUAUUUUUAUACCCUGGCAUUUGUGUUUUAGCAUUUUGGACAAAAACUAGUUCAGUCUAGCAAAAGACAAAAUAUUCACGCACGGAAUACAAGCACCCUCAUUAUAUGAUUUUUUUUUCUUCGUGUGAGGGCUUGAACUUAGCAUAUUCACUUAUCUCUUUCACGUUUUUCGAUUAUAGAUCCAGCAUAAUUCACUUUCAUUUUUCAGCCCUGUCGCAUUUUUCUCUCGUCCAGCUUGCUUUAGCAUCAUUUUUUAAGCCAAGCAAUGCAUUUAUUUUCCCCCUUUAAAAGCCGAAUUGGUGGUGGUGAACGGGACACCUCGGGCUGACCCCGGCCUAACAAAGCCAACUACUAGUCACUGUCUGGGAACCUUUUAUCUCAUUCUUUUAUUGGAGGCCUUUCUGACCGGCCAUGUUUUGUUGUCCAUCCUUUGACUGGCCACAAGGCCAAAUAUGGCCCCGCCGUCCCUCAAUAUGUGCGAGAUUAAUUUUGCAGCUCCGGCCAUCUGUGUGGGGGUAAAAGUCAUUCAGCUAAAAGUCAUAAAUCUACAGUCCGUGCGUUUUCAAUAGGUGCUGUGUGGGGGAGGGGUGGGGAGGGGGCAGAUAAAGAGACAAGAUAGAUAGAUAGAUAGAUAGAUAGAUAGAUAGAUAGAUAGAUAGAUAGAUAGAUAGAUAGAUAGAUAGAUAGAUAGAUAGAUAGAUAUCAGGGCCUAUUAUAGGCCUACUAAAAUCUAUCUCAUUCAUUUUUAGUGAUAAUUAGACCCCACAUGCCAGCAUGCCAGAGGUGUAUAGAAUUCUUAACGUUAUUUUUCAAAGUCCACAAACAUCUAUUCUUAACCAUUAUUCCCCGCCAGCAAAACUUCAUUAGUCCUAUAAUGAACAUUUUUUUGUUUCAAAUGAUCCCAUUACGUCCGACAUAAACAAUCCGAAGUGCCGUCUCUCAUUGGCUGGCCGCAGGGUCACGUGGCUCGCGCGGCCGUCCGUCUAUUUGACAGCCGCAGGAUGGCUUGAUGCCAGAGGGGGAAAAGAGACAGAGAGAGGGGAGAGAAAGAAAAAUUAGUAUUCUCCUACCAGCCUCGCUAUAAAUCAAUCAUGGAGUCCUACGUGGUGAGCUGUAAAUAUGCUGAGCCGCAGUUCCCGCCAUGUGAAGAAGAUUACAGUAAUUUUAGUAACCAAGGGGGGUAUUACAACAACCCCCAGGACAGUGGUAGUUAUGGAGGGGGCUAUCAGUCCAUGCAGCCCCCUCCGCCUCCAUACACACCACAACAAACCGGCUAUCAACACUCUUUACAGGGGCACCAACAGGAGGAUGGAGAGGACCAGUCGCAGCACCAAGGUGCGCCCUUCCCCGGCUACAGAGAGACAGACGCACCCGGUAGUAAGCAGAGGUUCUCCGUGGGGGACCUGCAGUGCCAGGCCUGGAUGACCUGUACAAAGCCCGCUCAGGUGCAGAGGAAAACGGCAUGCCAGGGGAAAGACAAGCCGCCUAUUGUUGUUUAUCCAUGGAUGAAGAAAGUGCACGUCGCUCAUGUUAAUCCGAACCACGUGGGCCCGGAACCAAAGCGGCUACGGACGGCCUACACGCGCCAGCAGGUUCUGGAGCUCGAGAAGGAGUUCCACUUCAGCCGGUACCUCACGCGCCGCCGCCGCGUUGAGGUGGCCCACGCGCUCUGCCUGUCCGAGAGGCAGGUGAAGGUGUGGUUCCAGAACCGGCGCAUGCGCUGGAAGAAAGACAACAAGCUACCAAACACCAAAGGAAGGAGCAAAAACAAGAAAGCAACGGACAACAAUAACAACAACAGCAGCAGCGGCGGCAGCAACGACAGCAAUGUGAAGGCAGUGAUAACUGUCUGAAAACAGAACUGCAGGAGCAGAGUUUGGCCGUGUGAGGCAGCCAUGUUAGCAUCUUCACUCUCCAAAACUGACUGGUCCAGGGUGACUGCAGUGAAACAAUUCUAAACUGCUUUAAACGUAUAGGUUAUCCAUCUAUAGGUCUACAUAAGGCUUUAUAAAUUCAUUAAUGUAUUUCGCCUUAUAUUUUAACGUUUACUUUGAAGUGUUUUUAAAUAUUUCUCUUGUGUAGAGGUUGCAUCCAAUUCCAGUCUGAUAUUUAACUCAUUCAUGAGUCUUCGAGUCUUACAUUUAGGUAAACGUCAAGGUUGUAGAUGGUCUGACAUCUCUGUGGUGAAAUUAGGGAGAUGUUUCAUAUUUAGACAUCCGAUAUUAAAGGCGCAAAAGCAUGGUGCCUAUUGGUUGCAGUCUUGCCAAACUAUCCCUAUCUACGGUGGACGAGGAGAGAUUGUGUCUUUUGGAGAAAACAGGGUUUUAUUUCUACAGGGUAAACAUAAUACAGGGUUUUAUAAUAGCUACCUAAAAGAUGAAAUAGCCUAACUUAUGAAUAUGCACAUUACCAACACGUUGUUCCCACAAACUGGCGCUUAAAGGGGCAAAACAAUAAACAGAAGAACGCCAAAUUGCUCGGAGGCUGACUUGCAGAAUGGUUGGACAAAUAAUGUUUUAGCUUUUAUUUUGUACAUAGAGGAGCAUCCAAAAAGAAUGCAUAUUUAGUAGGAUAAGUAGCCAUAUCGUGCAGCAUUUUUAUCUCUUAAAAAGUGAAGACACCUUUGAAUAGUUUAGGGGGAAAGUCACACAUUUGUACGCAGGGGGAAUAAAUACAGAAUUAAAAACAGCCAAAUUGGAGGUACAGGUUUUUAAUGCAACGUACGCUGACUGUAAAUCCAACUUAUUUUCUCAGGGUUACAGGGUUUUAACGAACAGAACUUUCUGAAACGUUUGUUGUUUGAUUCAGCACAGAGAGGUUUAAAAUAAUCUGAAACAGCAUAAUGCUACAUUUUCAAAGAAUAUGUUCUCUCUUUGAUUCCAGUUUAAUAUGCUAUUGAUUUCUAUUAUAGCCUACGCCAGUACUUAAUUUUAUUUGUAUUAUUUAGAAGCAUAUUUUAUUCUUUGUAGCAAGCAUCAUCUCUGUUCUUUUUUUGUAAGUGUUCAUCUUUGAAAAAAAAAAGAGAAAAACUCUUUGUGUAAGAAUUUUAUAUGUGGAAAUGUUUUGAUAAAAUACUUAGAUGAUAAAAAUUAAAAAUGUUUCAAACUG